AUGCGUCGUCCGCGCGUGCUCUUUUGCGGUCUAGAAUUCGAAGACGGCUACGCCCACACGCGCGCGUACGUCGACGACAACGAUCUCGACGUGGACGUCGCGCGAUGCGCGCGCGAGGACGUCGCGCGCGAGAUCUCGCGCUGCGAUGUCGCCGUUCCGCUCAUGACGAAACUCGACGCCGAGCUGUUGAAAAUCGGCGCCGCCGGCGCGCUGACGCACGUCCUGCAGUUCGGCGUCGGGUUAGAGGGCGUGGACAUCGAGUGCGCGACCGCGCUGGGCGUCACCGUGGCGCGGAUCCCUUCGGAGAAGACGGGGAACGCGACGAGCACGGCGGAGCUCGCGGUGUACUUGGUCCUGGCGGCGCUGCGACGUCACGACGCCAUGUCGGCGAGCGUGCGGAGUCGUAAACUCGGCGCGCCGACGGGGAACGCGCUGAGCGAGUGCGAGGUGAUGAUACUGGGAUGGGGGGCGAUCGGGGUGAAGAUUGCGGCGCGAUUGCGCGGAUUUGAGUGCGCGUUGACGGCGGCGCGUAAAUCAAAGUGGGCCGAGGACGAGAGCGAUCGAUGUGGGAUACCGUUGCGAGCGGUGUGCGGGACGAGCGACCGGGAUGGAUUGCGUGCGCUGUUGCGCGCGGCGGACGUGGUGUGCGUCGCGUGCACGCAAGAUCCGUCGAACGCCGGGAUGAUCGACGACGAGUUUUUGGCGGCGAUGAAGCCGGGCGCGGCGUUGGUGAACAUCGCGAGAGGGGGCUUGUUCGAUCGCGACGCCGUGUUGAAAAGCUUGAAAAGUGGGCAUUUGGGUUAUUUAGCGAGCGAUGUGGCGUGGAGUGAACCUGUCGAUCCCGAGGAUCCGAUCGUUCGGCACGAGCACACGUACUUCACGCCUCACAUCGCCGGAGUGACGCACUCGAGCUAUAGAAUGAUGGGGGAAAUAGUCGCGACUAGCGCGUCUCGCUUGGUCGAGUUUAGGAAAUUAACCGAUAUACAGGUUGUGAAUUAA